AUGCGCUACGUUUACUAUGCCUCGCUGUAUACCUUCUGGGCCAUGAUGCCCGAUGGCAUCCCGGACCGCGGGGGGUGGGCGAAGAUGGCCACGUUCCUGGAUGAGUGUCUGCUAGUUAUCCAGCUUGGGGGCGAUGACCGGUUCAAGCUCAAGAAGGUCAACCCUGUUGUGGACGAGGGGUAUGAGACUGGGGAUGGGAGUGAGUGCGGGAGAGGAGGGUUCUGGGGCUGCGUGGGGGAUGAAUAUAGUGAGGAUGAGGAGUUGAGUGAGCCUGAGUCCGAGAGCGAGCAUGACUGUGAUGAUGUUGACCCCGAGAGCGAGAUGGAGACGGUCAUUGAUGACGAGGAAUAUAUCACUACUGAUGGGGGUGAGAAUGAUAUGGCGGAUGAGCUUAUCCCGGAGACCCUGGGUUGGGGUCGUAUGAAUGCAGAAAGUGGUCUGGAGCGUGGACUUGGCCGGCGGGACUCUGGAUAUCAGGCUUGGGCGCUCAAAAACCGUCUGAAGUACGGUACGACCUUUCAUUGGGAUGAUGAGAACGGGGAGCCGACGUUCGACGACGUGCGAUGUCAGCUGCGGCAGAUGGUUUGUCAUGAUCUUCGUGAGAUUGAAAUUAAGCAUGGUGGUCGAGUUUACACGAAGCCUGCUCUUGGGUUUCGUUGA